AUGGCGUGUGCAUUUACCAGUGUUAAAAAGUUAAUGAAUCUAUCGCCAGAGGGCCACAACACGCUUGAAUAUGCCAUUAUGUAUCAGUGUCAUAAUAGGUUCUUGAGCAGUGUAUUUAAAGAAAAACAUGGAUUUAGAAGUCGAAAAAGGAAGAAGAAAACAACAAAAAGAGAAGCAGCAAAGCAAUUAAGAUAUUUGGAUCAUUUUCCAAAUUUGGAAACCUUUGAACGUCCCUGCAUGCAUAAUGGACCCACGUAUAAAUGUUUUAAAAUAACAAGACGUGACAUAACUGUCGCAAGAAAAAAAAUUUUAGAAAUUCCCGAUAAGCAUGUUCAAGACAGAAAGUUAAGUUAUUUGUGUAAAGUUUUCGAACCCAAGAGGUACAGGGAAAAAUACAGGGCUAAUUGCAGAAAUCAAAAACACGUUUUAUCAGCAAAAUACAACAUGGUUAGGGAAAAUGGGAAAACCUACAGAGUGUGCCAAAAAAUGAUUUUAAAAUGUUUUGGAAUUACUUUAAAACGGUUACAUACAAUUACAAGAAAUAUAAGAUUUGGAUCUGACAUAAAGGAGAGAAGAGGAGGAUACAGGCGUUCAAAAAAGAAUGAUGAAAAAAGAGAAGAGGUUAAAAAGUUUCUUGGAAAGCUUCGUGCUAGAGAAAGCCAUUACAAUCGCCAAAAAUCAAAACGAUUGUAUUUACCUGCCCAUUUCAAUAUAAAGAAAUUGUGGAAAUUGUACAAUGCCAGUGUUGCUGAAAGUUACAGGGUAAAAUAUGGUGUUUUUAAUAAGAUUUUUUCUGUUAAUUUUAACAUUGGCUUCGGGUCACCAGCUUCGGAUGUUUGUAGUUUCUGCUUUAAAAAGAAAAAUGAACUAAAAAAUUGCACUGAUGAAUUGCAAAAAGUUAAUUUGAUGACAGAGUUAAGAAUUCAUAAAUUAAGAUCAAAACAAUUUCACGUAUUGAUAAAUAAAAAUGAAGAAAAUAACGGGUGUGCAGGUCAAAAUAAAAAUUCUUAUGUCAUGUAUGCUCUGGCCCUUUGGCUGUCAAAAAGUGCUCCUGUAAUAUUAGAAGAAAUUAGAGUUACGUUUCCGGUUAGAGGGCACUCCUUUUUGCCAGCAGAUAGGGUGUUUGGACGUCUUGAAAAGAAGUUUAGACAAAUAGAAGUAAUACUUAAUGCUGAAGAGUACAUAGAAAUUUAUAAAGAAGUGGGAACUGUCAAAGAGUUAGGAACAGAUUGGACAAUCAAAGAUUUUAAGGCCCUUGAUGCCAGUUUGAAAAAGUUAAGAAGUAUAAAAGACACAAAAAGAAUAAUAUUAAGAAAGGAUUCUAAGGGAGUUGUAAAAAUAAAAAUGGAAUUAUAUUACAGAAACGACGACUUAACAAAAAGUUUAGAAAUUUUAACAAAAAAAGGUAAAGUUUUAAAGGAGUUGAACGUCAAAGAAAAGGAAUUAAAAAACCCAGUAAAGGAAGAAAAAAUUAAAAAUCUUAAAACAUUGCUGUCAUUGUUCGAUGAAAAUUGGCAGCAAGAAGAAAAGCUUUAUUUUUUUAAAGAAUUGCUAUUAGAUGAACCACUCCCAGACUCCUCCGCAAACCAAGAUGAUGAACCUUGUGAUUGCAAUGAGGAUGAUGGUGGUGUUUUUAUUUAA